CUGUUCAUCACAUUGCAGAUCAACAACAAAAUCGUUCUGACAUUUGAUUAUAAUCAAAUCAAUGGUUAAUUAUAAUUAAUCAUUUUUCAACAAUGGACCAAAAUCGUGGUGUUCCCGAUGGAACUGAAAAUACCGAUGAUCCACCACCAACAUCGACAACCACCACCGCUACUGGUACUGGAGAUGUAGGUGAUAAUUCUUUGACAUCAUCACAACCAUCAUCAUCAUCGCAAUCGAAAACAAAAUGGAAACCAAAUGAUUUAUUCCUGAUCAAUUUAACGUCAAUGGGUUUUAGUUCAAUGAUGGCUAAAAAAGCAUUAUAUUAUACGAAUAAUGAAUCUGCUGAAGCUGCCAUUGAAUGGAUAUUCACGAAUGGUGCCGAUUCAGAAGAUCUUCCCAUUGAACUUGAACAAGAACAACAACAAUCAUCAUCGCUCAUAAGUUAUGAAAAUGUAGAUGAUGAUCUUUAUAAAAUGGUUUUCAUCGUCAAUUCUGAAUUAACGAUGGGUGUGGGUAAAAUUGCUGCACAAGUAGCUCAUUCAGCAUUGGGUUUACAUCGACUUCUAUUACAACAUCAAAGUAAAUAUGGUGAAUCAUUACUUUGUUGGAAUGAAUAUGGCGAAACAAAAAUCGUAUUACGUGGUGAGAAUACCAAUCAUCUAGUUGAAUUGGAACAUAAAGCAAUUGCAUUGGAUCUACCAUGUUAUAUGGUACAUGAUGCAGGUAAAACACAGGUUAAAUCUGGUUCGACAACCGUAUUGGCAAUUUUUGGUUCGAAUAAAUUGAUCGAUCAGAUUACUGGUCAAUUGAAAUUAUAUUGAUUACACUACAUUUUAAUGAUACUCAAUGAAUAGAUGUAUGGCUUGAUUGGA